AUGCGGGUGAUGUGGCCGAUGCUGGCCGCUGUUCGGCUAUCCGUGCCUUCGACUCGCAUGUGCGCCAGUGAAAACCUCGCCAGCUGCACCGUCGUGCAGCUCAAGGAGAAGCUGCGUAGCGCAGGCCUGCCCGUGUCGGGGCGCAAAGCCGACCUGAUUGCUCGGCUGAGCCUUCCCGACGAGGCGGCAACAGCGCUUCAGCCUGCGCCGCCCGUCGAUGCAGCUGUGCUCGCCUUUCCCGCGGCAGCGCUCGAUGGCACUGACACGCCGCUGCAAGUGAGCAUCAACGCCGAACGUCCGCGCCGAGGUGUCUUUGAGGUCCGUGUUGGAGAGACGGUCAUCGUCAGUACGGGCCCAGAGCCGCGGCCCUUCCCGGCGCUCAAGGCGCUCGACGUAGACGAGGUGACUGCGUCGGCCGUCGACACGGCCAAGGCUUACUUCCUGCUGGGCUAG